AUGACGCAUGAAUACAUUGAAAUGAGAACAAAAUGGAAAGGACAAGACGCUUUAUAUCAAGAAAUGGAUCCCAUUAGUUCUAAUGUGUUUUCUUCAGUCAUAAGAAGUAACUCUAUUGAUGAUGAUCAACCUACCGAUAAUACCCCAUUAAUUCCCAAACCAAGAAUAAUUCAUCUGAACAAUAAUAACAAUAUUAUCAACAACUCAUCAUCAUCGUCAUACGAUAUGAUAACGAUUAUAUUAUUCAUUAUCGUUGUAAUUAUGGGAUUUACUAUUUGGUGGUGUUAUAGUGAAGAUUUGUAUAUAUUGUAUAGAAUUUAUGUUUUAAAUGAUAUUAAUCCGAUUGCUGUUAGAUUUAAGUGA